CGAGACUUCGCCGCGGGGCGAGGCGCGGGGUUGCGAGGAGGACGCGGCGGGCGGCGCUUCCUCGGCCGCUCGGCUUCCACUCCGCCGAGGCUGCCGAGUCGGCUUCCACUCCGCCGAGGCUGCCGAGUCCGGGUCUCCCCCUUCCGCCCCUCCGCCGGCUGCUGGACGUAGCGAAGCCGAAGAAGUCGGGGCCGCCCCGCCGCCGGCGCACGCACUCCUCCCGCCCUCGCGGUUUCUCCGGUUCGAGCCCGCCGCCCCAGGCUUCGCUCUGCGGAGCCCGCAGCCCACGCCGCGGCCGACAUGAGCUUCUUGUUUGGUAGUCGCUCUUCUAAAACUUUUAAACCAAAGAAGAACAUACCAGAGGGGUCUCACCAGUAUGAACUCUUAAAACACGCAGAAGCCACACUGGGCAGUGGCAACCUGCGGAUGGCUGUCAUGCUUCCUGAGGGGGAGGAUCUGAAUGAGUGGGUUGCAGUUAACACUGUGGAUUUUUUCAAUCAAAUCAAUAUGCUUUAUGGAACCAUCACAGACUUCUGUACAGAGGAGAGCUGUCCGGUGAUGUCAGCUGGACCAAAAUAUGAAUAUCACUGGGCAGAUGGAACAAACAUUAAAAAGCCCAUUAAGUGUUCUGCACCAAAGUAUAUUGAUUACCUGAUGACUUGGGUUCAGGACCAGCUGGAUGAUGAGACAUUAUUUCCAUCAAAAAUUGGUGUUCCAUUCCCGAAGAAUUUCAUGUCAGUGGCAAAAACAAUACUCAAACGACUCUUUAGAGUUUAUGCUCAUAUUUAUCACCAACAUUUUGACCCUGUGAUCCAGCUUCAGGAGGAAGCACAUCUCAAUACAUCUUUCAAGCACUUUAUUUUUUUCGUUCAGGAGUUCAACCUUAUUGACAGACGAGAGUUGGCACCACUGCAAGAGCUGAUUGAAAAACUCACCUCGAAGGACAGAUAAAAGGAUACAAGCUGUGUAAACUUCUUCAGAUGGAGCUGUGUACAGUGUAGUUGGCUUUGUUAUGUUCCAUUCUUCUCUAGAUUGUUUCUGUUUUAGGUUCCAGGGCUUGCUUGGGUUCCCUUUUCUCUUCUGAAUAUAUAAAAUCAUAUUCUGUUGCUAGAGGAAGCUGAGAAUCAUUCUCUACAUUUGAAAAGGGCAAAAUUUGUUGUAGUGGUAUACAGUAUUUUUUCUAUUUUAUUUUUAUUAGUUUGGUUUUGGUUACUUGAGGAAUUUUUAUGAUAUUGUAUGCUGGAAACAAAUGCGAACUGACUGAAGUUCUGAUGGACUGGGUACUGUGUUGUGUAAACUGUGGCCCACUUUGAAGUCCCCAAAAAAGACUUACGUGUUUUUAUUAAGUGCCUUGAUAGGCUCACUUCUGAGGUGCAAAGCACAGAUAUAGGACUGAACAGAGCUUGAAACAAUAUUAGAAUUUCUAUCUAGGGCACUUACUUGUGCAUGUUAUAAAGUAAUCUGUUAUAAAAGCCAUAGUUUACUCAAAUUGAUGAUCUCCAGCUUUUACUAUGUUGAAAAAGACACAAUUUGUAAAGUUGUGCAUGUAGAACAUAAAUGUAAAACAACAAAUUAUUUCUUAAUUAUUUUUGACAUAAUUUGUAAAGGUGUGCAUGUAGAACAUAAAUGUAAAACAACAAAAUUCUUAAUUAUUUUUGAUAUUGACUAAUAUAUUCUGUUCAACAGCUAUUUAAAGUUCUACAAGCAGGUCUUUUUCCACCUCUUAAUAUCUGUGAUAUUGAAAUUUGAAGAUGUUGAAAUGUAGUAGAUACUGUAUUUCAGCUUCUUUCUACAUGUAAGUGCACUGUAAGUGUAAAACUUGAGGUUAUAUAUAGAGUCACCAUCUUCAGAAAGGAGGUUGAACUGUGAGGUUUCCUAACAAUUGCCAAAUGAGCCCUAAGUGCAGAAUCCCUUUGUACUUCAAAGAGGAAGGGAAAGAUGAGACCUGUCACAGCAGACAUUAGUUUGGGAAAUUAGAGAGGGUUAGUGUGGGAGUCAGAGUCUAGAAGGUCCUGUUUUAAAACCCUGGGAUAGAAUGGUGUCCAUUACUUACAGUCUAGGAGACCUCCUUUUAGAGAUAAGCUUCCAUGAGAAGUUAAACAUAUGUAAUUAGUUUUAGGUAUAGACAUUAAACAUGGAAUUAACAACUAUUUGGGGAAAUUAAUCACUUUUUAGCAUUUCCAUUCAGUGAAUGGAGUAUUUGCCUGUCAUUUUAAAUGAUACACUACCUUGAUUAUUGGUGCAGUUUGAAGCAUCCUGACUCCUUAUUUUUCCACUGUGAGAAAUCUUUUCUUUGUAGUGAUAUCAAGUAAUGAAAAUGUUAGCUUAGUAGCUAAUAACUUCUAGAUAUUAGUUGAGAAGACAUCCUGUUAAAUUAUCUUCAUCAAUUACAGGUUCAGGAAUUUGGUUUUUGAAUAAAUACUGAGGUUCUCCCCUUCAAUUUUGUUCUUGAGAAAUAUUCUUUUCUGACUCUUGAGUUUUAAUUUUGUCAGUUUGGAUAAAUCCGCUUCCCUCAAUUUUCUCUCUCUUUCUAGCUAGAGACACAUAGUUUUAAACUUGUAAACUAGAAAUGCUUGCUGUGAAUUUGUAUACAAACAACUUAAUGGAAAAGAGUCUAAAAUGAAAUGAACAAGUGAACAGUGAUACAAUUGGAUGUCCUUAUAAUCCUGAUCACUAGGAACUGCCUUUUUCUCCAUUUGACUUCUGUAAUGGCAAUUACUUACCAAGUACCAAUAAUAAAAGGAACAAAAGAGCUUGGAAAAGGUAGAUAAUACUGGGCAUUUAUUAGUAAUGCUUAUUUAUCAACUGAUAGCUAGCUGAUUUCUUUAAAAUAUUUUUUUUAGUAUCUAAAUAGAUAAUAUCAACCAUUAUGGGUUGGUUCAGAAUUCUCAUGUUUGAUUCCUCUCUAUACAGGAAAUGAAGCACAUAAUUACUAACUAAAAUAGUCUUCCAUAGUAUAUGACUUCAUAUCACCUCUGUAGCAGGGGUCUUUUAUAGCAGCAGCAUGUAGAGAGAGAAGUAAGAGGUUGCUUCUGGUCCUUUAAGCCUUACAUAUAUUACACUGUCAGAAUGGAAACCAGUCCUAGACACUAGUGCUUGUCAGUAGGACUUAUCACUCUGUGUGGAUAGCAGUUUAUGUUCACUUUGCCAGAAUCUCAGGUGCUAUGUUUUCAAGUCAGCACUAAAGCUUUGGGAAAUAAGGAGACUUGUGUGUGUCUAUAUAGUGAGAUAUUCUCCUGGGGAAAGGCCUGGCAAUUGUACACGGUGUUGGGUGGCGAUAACUAAGGAAACACCAGGAUAUAAGAGAAAGUCAGUUUAAAUAAAAAUUUGGUUUGAGAGUAAGAGGUUCCCCCCCCCAUUUGUUUGUUUGUUUGUUUAAGUAGCUUUGGCUGUCGUGGAACUCAUUCUGUAGAUGAGGCUGGCCUAGAACUCACAGAGAUCUGCUUGCCUCUGCCUCCCAAGUUCUGGGAUUACAGGCAUGCGCCACUACUAUCCAGCAAAAUGUCAGGAUCAAAGCUUGAUUUUUCAGGAAAGCUUGCUUAUAAAUGUCUCUUAGGUUCUUUUCAGAACUGUUAAUUUAUAAAAAAAUAAGAUAAUUAUCCCCUUUUAUUUCUUUCCUUAUUUUUUUGAGACUGGGUCUCAUGUAGCCUUGGCUUAUAGACCAGGUCUCAAGCUGUUAAGAGAUCUGCUUGCCUCUGUACCCCAAAUGCUGGGAUUAAAGGUAUGCACCACUAUACCCUGGCUACCCAGGUAUUUUUUAUACAGUUAUAAAAGUGUCAGCCGGUUUUCCUUAUUCUUUCAUAAGCUCAUCCCAUACAAUUAGAUGUAGUAAAUUAUCAUUAUAGUUGUUAUUCACAUUGCUUUGGUUAAAUGUGGACAUGAUGAAGUAAGAUUUAGUAAUUAUUUAGUUGCCAGAGUGGUGUUGGUGAAAAGAAACUGACCAAGUGAAAUGUUUGUUGUUAGCAGUAGGUAGUACAGCUGGCCUUGUUCAUUUGCUGGCCUGGUUCUUCCAUGUCUCAUAGAAGCCAUGCUAUUAGACUGCCCCAGACAGAAAGCAGGUGUAUGGUGUUGGCUGUGGAGCUCUGUCUACCUUAAAAUGAAAGAUUUUUAUUAGAUUGUUGCCUCUUUUUAACUCUGUUUUGCUAGUCAUUGUAAACUCUAAAUGGUCAAUAUAAAGUUAGCAGAGUAUGUUUUUUUUUUUCCCCGAGACAGGGUUUCUCUGUGUAGCCCUGGCUGUCCUGGAACUCACUCUGUAGACCAGGCUGGCCUCGAACUCAGAAAUCCACCUGCCUCUACCUCCCAAGUGCUGGGACUAAAGGCAUGCACCACCACCGCCUGGCAGCAGAGUAUGUUUUAUCAUGUAUUUCAGAGUUACUACCUGGGUUAUCAGGAUAGAUGAAACACUACAAUCUCUUAUCAGAAAAUGGAAAUAGGGAUAUUUAUAUUUUGCGUUAUUUCAUCACUAGAUUUCAUUUUAUGUAAUGAGCAUUUUCCUUGCUUAUGGGAAAAGAAGCAAAAAAACAGUGGAUUUUGUCUACAUCCACUCUGAGAGAGAUUUUGGUAACCACUGAAAUGGUAGAUUAUGUAAGAUGCAAAUACUAAGUUGUUGCCUUUUAAGAUGAGCAUGAUGUACAGUAACACCCAAAUGAGAGCUGACCUUCAGUGUUCUUUGGAACAUUGUUUAUAUUGGCUCUGUUACAAAGUAUGUUUCUGGAACUUUGUCCUGUGUCAUAGGUGCUUUGAGAAUUGACUUACGACUAUGUAAGAAAAGUCAGUUUCAUCUUUUUAGUACCACAAAACCAAGUUUUGAAGCUUAGUAUAACCUGCAUUAACUACCAAACCACGCCCACUAACUUGGCUAUUUUCUGAGAACCAAGCCAGUGUGGAAAGAUUUAGGCUCUAAAUGUGCUGAGAUGAGGGCUACAGGUGCCGACUGCGUCACAGAAAUACAGGUUCUGGAUGUUACUAUUGGAAGGCAGAACCUUAUUUACAUGUGAAACUUUUUAUUACUUUGUAUUUACAGAGAGUUUUAAAACCAAGGUCUUUCUCUAAAACUUGCUUUCUAUUUUUUCUAGUCCCCUUUCUUCCCCUAAAACUUCUAAAUUGUGUUUGGAUAGUUUUGACUGAGAGGAUAGUAUGGAAAAUGGACCUAGUAUUUAGAACAGCAGUUUAAAGAAACAAAGCCUUUUUUUACCUCCAUUGUUUUAUAUUUUGUUUUGAACAGGUUUUUUCAAUUUGUCUUUAGUGAAAGAUGAGAUUGGAAACAAUUUUAUUAUUAUGCCAAAUUUUAGCCUACCUAUCAUUAAUAUUAUUAAAAAUUUUUUAUGUAAGUAUUCAGCACAUGUCAUUAAAUUCUGAUUGUCUUUUGAAAAUAUCCUGGACCAAAAGUUUGUUUGUAAUUUGGAAUGUGACUGCAUACUAGAAAAACAUCUUAUUUUGAAACUUACUUGAUAUAUUAAAGAACUUACCAGUUAUAAACUCAGCUCAGUUUUUAAGCAUCACUCCUAAUGUACCUUACAUGUCAUUGUUUUGCAGUAAUGUGAAGAUGUCCAUAGGAGCUGAUGUUACCAGUGUGAUUGUAUGUGAGGUGAUAAAUGAUUAAAGGUCUGUUUCAAGGUAGGAAAGUUCAGUGUUAACAAAUAUGCAAAGAGUUCUGAAUGCAAGUGGUUCGAAUUUUUAAGGUUUCCCUGAGUAGUUAUUCUAUGAGAAUUCAUUUUGAAGGUAUAAGGGUGCUCUCUGUCUAUCACUCACACUUGGAUUUAUUUGUAUUCUGACAAAAGUGAAAAAAAUACAAAUUAAAAUAUUGGGCCAGUUUAUAUGUGUGAUACAAAUUCCUUCCCUCCCCCUUCUCUCCCUCCUUUCUCUUUUGUGUAUUUUGCUGUACAGUAGAAAGCUUUGGGAUAAAAUCUCAGACACGUAGGAAGUAAAAUCACUGGCCUUUAAGAUUUGUGUUUUCUACUCAAGUCUGUGUUGUGUGCACACCCAUACCUGCUCACACGAACUCAAGGCUGAGUUUAUAGUUCACCAUUGUUAGAGAAUCAUAUAGCUUUUCUUUUUGUUUGGUUGAAAGUUUCUUUAUGUCACCAGAGCUGCAGUUAUUGGUGACAUAAUGAUUCUUAAUUUCUCUUUCAUAAUUAUUCCUUUAUUGGAUUUCUUCUACUUUUGCACAAAUUUGAAUUUUAGUUUUGAUUUUGAAAUAGUUGUAUAAGUUGUAAAAUAGGUUAGUGUAUUUUUGUUUGAGAACACUUUCCUCAAAUUGUCCUGCAGAAAUGACUAUUUUUUAGGGAAAAUAGUUUUUUACAGCUAUUAAACUGUAUUUGUUAUUUUUGUAUAUGCAUAACCAGGGUGGUGAGAUCACUAAUAUUUUAGGAAAUACCUUUGUUAUAUUUGAUUUUUUUCCUAUACAUUUAAGUUAUUACUUAAAAUUAUUGGUAGAAAUAAUGUUGUGAAGAUAGCAUAUAAGGAGUACUUAAGUCAGAAUAGAAAUCAUUUCUAAAGACAAAAAUGAGAAACGCUGCCAGUGUCAGGUAACGGAAGCAUUUACAUUGUGCAAUUGCUUAAGACAUGCACAGAGACAAGAGUCCGUUCUCAUGGGGACAGGUUCUCUAGAAGAUACUUAGAUGGGACAAAAAUGAUCUAAAAUAUGAAAUGCAAUGUAGGCGCCAUAUUGUAAAUUGUGCCAAGAUUAUGCAAAUUGUAGUUAUUGAUCAAUCUUGUCUCACUGUUGUUAUUUUAAAGGAAAUACUGAAUGUCAGAAAAUCUGUAAUAUGUUUUAUUUGAUAGAUGUAAAUAAUGUAUGCAGUCUUAUAUGUGGCAGAAUGGGAGGUAUUUAAAUUUUAGGUUUUUUUUCUUUAGAAGAAAAUG